UUAAUUUGGGUAAGGGAAAUUCCCCGACCCCUUCUCGUCUAGUGCUAUCUGGUUCGGAUUUCACUAGACGAUGGCCAUGUGAAAAUUUGCUAUUAUACUUUGACGUUCUGACGAUCUAUCUGAUCUGAUUCAUGGGUUCCAGCUACAGAAACCUUCUCCUUCAAAUAGCAGAGAAUGUGACUCCAAACAUUCUGGAAGACCUAAAAUUUUUAUGUUUAGAUGACAUCGAGGAAGGAGAAUUAGAACAAAUUUCUUCACCCGUGAAGCUCUUUAAGGCUCUAGAAAGACGAGAGUUGCUAGGUAUAAACGAUCUGAAGUUUCUCCAAGACCUGUUGACGAACGUGAAAUGUAUACAACUAGCCAGCAAAGUUAAGGACUUUGCCUUACGAAGAGAGCUUGAAUUGCUGGUCUUGAAUGAACAGCGUGUCAAACUCAUAGGAAGGUGUUCGAGAUAUGUGCAAACCCGCAGAUUUCCAUGUGAAGAAGAUGAUCCUGGCAGCAUAUUCCACAUGGCCUUAGCUGUCUGUAACUGUAAGUAAAUUUUGACUGACUCAAUGAAUUAUAUAUUAAAAAAAUAUAACUUUUUUUGCCAUUGGUUCCCACCAUAUAGGGAUAGGUGGGAGGGAGGGGAAGGGGGGAUGAGAAGAUCAUGGGCAUGACUGCACCAGGGCCCACGCAAGGGGAGGGGCUGGGGAGGCCAGGGCCCCCCUGACUUUUUGAAAAAUAAAUGAAUAAAAUUAAGUACAGUGCAACCUCAAUGUAACAAAGGGUCAAGGGACUGGCAAAAUAUUUUUGUUAUAACGAGGUUCGUUAACUUAUAUCAAGGUUUUUUUUAUAUUGCCUUAUAUUUUACUAUUACUGGAGUAAAAAAUAUAGUUUGUUAGACUGAGGACUUCGUCAUAUAGAGGUUCCACUGUAAUAUACAGUACGUUCAUAUAAAUAGUAUCUUUGUUGGAAUGAGAAUCUUCCAGCGUCUAAAUUUAUCAUUGGUCCAUUUCGAUCCUAGAUCUGAUGGGUAUAUAGUAAGCUUAAAAGCCCCUGUCUUUACAAAAGUGCACUUAGUCCUAGACUUCUGCGUUUUCAAACCAGCAAGGCUGUAGCAUAUGCAAUGAUGAGGAAUGGAGUCUUUUAUGAAGGUUCUUGAUUAAGUCUGUAGACUACUCCACGGGCAAACUAUGGUUUCUUAAAACAAAUUAUAUCUGCUGAUGAUGUGGUCUCGGACGCUUUUCGAUGACAUACUAGACAAAAUGAAGGGGUUACAGGAACCUACGUACAGUUUAAUAUCAUAAUCAUGAUAUGCAAAAUUCUACUCGUGGAUCCUGCAUGUGCAAUCAUGCUCAGCAGGAGAAAGGUUCUAUUCAGCAGCUUGAAAUUUAUAAACAUGACUCCGCUCAACAAUGACUCAAGAAAGGUCUAGUAACAGCGUGCAAAGAAAGUAGUGUCCGAUAGCACGGGGCUAGUGGAUUUUGCUAUUGGGCUAGCUGAAUUCUGUUCUCAACUUAAGUGAAGUUUUUUGAGGAAUUCAACCGACAGAAGAACUGUGAAAUCAAUUCUGCGCACCAAAAUGUUUUGGGGGCUAGCUGAAAUGAUGUUUCGGCUGCCCAGUAAAUUCUAGCUUCAAUUUGCCCAAAUGGCAAGCUGCAAAAAUUACAUUCUUUGCACCCUGAGUAAUCUGACAGUUCUAAACAGCCACAAAGAUAGAACAGCCAAAUUUGCCCCUCCUAUCCCCCAACACUUCAAAAGAGGUGGUCACCGGCUCCCAUACUUUAAAAACUGCUCCAUUGGCUCUGCAACAGUGAGGCCACUGGGUGGGGACUGUUUAAAGUGUUCCUAUUCCAAAAUAGGGUGUUUGGUUUAGUCCUGUCAAAGUUAUACUAAUCCUCUAUUUAAUGUUACCCCGGGGGUUACUGGGGUUAAUUUUUGCUGGGUAUGUGUCGCUGGCCUCUCAGAAUCCCUACUGCAUUAUAGACUUAUAGUCACUCCAGGAAAAAAGUAAUUUUUGCAAUGCCAACUUUUAAUAGUAACUUUCGGUUUAUGCAUCUAUCUUAAUAGAGAGGGGGGCGUUGGGAUUUUCGGUUUUUUGGUUUUGGUCAUUUGUAGGUCAGUUUUUCAGGUUUUGCACUUUUUAGGUUUUGUUGUCCAUUGCGGUUUCCGGUUUUUUGGUUUUUUAGCAUCUGGUUUUUGGGCAAAAAUAAAGCAGGUUAGAUUCCUCUAUGGAUCUCUGUGCAGUCAGAUGUUAGGCUAUUUUAUAUGUUUCUAUUUUACAGUCAGUCCAGGUCAAAUUACAUUAUGUGGGAUUCUGGACUUUUGAUUGAGGUUUACAGCUAUAGGAGAGCCAUUGAGGGUCCUAACAAUUGUUUUUCAGCCCAAUUUACCAGGGUGCACAUUGGUUUAAUUUCUUUAUUUGCAGGUAAUUCAGGAAAGGAAGAUUUAAAAGAAAUGCACUCUACUUGCAGCUCAUGUAUUUGCAGUAAUCAUCAUUCCAAAGGGAGAAUACCAGCGGGCAAAAAUUUGCUAAUUUUAACUUCACUUCACUCUCUUCUUUCUUGUUUUGCUAAUAUUGUUGAUUUACUUUUAGUUUUAACACUGUAGUGUAUAUGGCCAUGGGCUGGGUACAUUUUUCGCUGGGCAUGGGUACUGCAAACUCUGAGUUUGGAGCAGUUUCCUCUCAAAAUUUGUACAAAGCAGAUUCAUGGUGCAAAAGGUUUGGUUUUGGGUGUUUUUUCUGGUCUUAAUUUAUAGGAGACUAUAAUACAUUGGAAGUAGGGGAAGGGGGUUGCAUAAAUUAAUUGAGACCUGUGCAAAAGAAAAAUGUCCACAUUUUACUUCUUUUGAGGUUGAGAUCUCUGUAAUUAGCCCAGAUAAAUACUUACUGGUAACAGUAAAAAUGCCUUACAGCACAAAAGCAAUCCAGAAAAAAAAGAGCUAUUAAAAAUUGUGAACAACUAGGCCAGAAUACUGGGAAAAAUUGAAGCUUUUAUUGUAAGGCCUGUCUCUUUUGCUAUCUUUUGUGCAAGUUUACUUUUUUCCCUUUUUGACAAAUAGAUUUCUCUCUAUCCUUUGUAAUUUCAGAGCAUGUGAUUUCUUCUGUUUCAAUUUUUGGAUCCUUUCUGACUUUCUUCUCUUUUUUUUGUGCAGAACUUUACCUUAAAGUUUUCCUGAAACUGGCUUCCAAAGGUGCUUGGUUUGCUGGCACAGCAUUCAUACUCAAGAGAUACAUAAAUGAUCCAGAAACACUAGUGAAGUUGUUUGCUUCUGUUGUCUUACCUUCAGGAAUUGUUUUAAAGUAUCUUUGUGAAGGUUCAGUGCUUUGUGUUCUAGAAGCAAGCGAUUUACAGGGCUUGUAUACUCUGUGGCAGAAUUAUGAGGAUGGCAGCCUUAAAAAGGCUUUGGAGGAAAUUUUGAUAACAGAAGACCUAAAAAAGAUUUCAGAAGGUCAAGAAAUAAUCUUGGAUGUAGAUUUGGACAGGGAAAUAUACCAAAAUGCAUGUUUGGAGCUCAUUUCCAUUAAGGAGAAAGGUAAAAGUUAAAUGUUUAUGAUAAAUGAUAAUAUUUAAUAUUGGGAGUUGAACAUGAUUUUCUGAGGCCCCGCCAGGGUAAAUUUCUGACCAGUGACAUGACCCAGAAAGUAGCGACAGAGCUUAAAAUGAAAUGGUGACAAGAGAGAAUUAGAAACAAAGAAGAGUGGCUUGGCAAAUUUUGUCACUUAUUUGGAUCCAAAUUGUGGUCAAUUGUCUCAAUCCAGAGACUUGAAGACCAUGUGUUACUCUUCAUUUACGAAAUUGCUGACCUCAUGCCUUGACACGACUCUGGGGAGACCUGGGAAUAAUGUUGUCAGUCAUGUGUUUAUAUAUGCACCUCUAUCCCCCGGCCCUUUUCUAAAAUUCCAACAAAGAGAAAGGAUUUUUGUUCAAUUUCCGACAGCAAAGUGGAGCAUUGAGAAAUGCCGACACAAGACAUUUUGAAAUUUCAGAUGAGGAACAUGGGACCCCCCCCCCCCCUUCCCUGGCCCCCCUGGCAGGGUCUCUCUUCUGAAAAAACCUGUGCCUUGCUAUUUAUCUCCCAAAUUUCCCCCAAAAUCUGUUUUAAAAUCUGUUACUUUUAAUUUUCCCCUCAAUUUUUCAGUAUCUUGUUGUAGUCAGUACCAAGUACUUGUAGUAUAGUUUUUAUUCUUGAAACUGAUUUUUAUCUCAAGUGUAUUAAUAUAUAGUAAAAAAAAUACAUAAGUAAUUUAUUAUGAGAAGUACACCUUUGAAAGCAGAUUUUCCUCCAGUGUUGAUCAAAUGUGCACUUCCAAUUAGCUUAGCAUAGUUAGACAAGAAUGGUUUGUUGAGCAGCUUGAUUGGCUAAAUUUAGAUUUUAUGUAUGAUUAUCAAUCAUGAAUGAUAUCUCAUAGAAGAUUACGUUUCUUUGUUUUUCCUUAGUUAAUGAGCUUUAUGAUGUAGUGGAGCAGAGACCACGUAGUGUGUCUGAUCCCACACAUGGUCUGCCUGGAAAACUUGUGAACACCUUUCAAGAAGAAAGCUUUCGUUUAAUGGCCACCACAGAGAAAAAGAGACGUCUUCAUGCAGAAAAGCAGCUGGAUAAGUUUAAAUCAGGUCAAUCGUUAGAACUUCGCUUUCCUGAGCUACUCCAGCUUGAUACUGACAAGAAUUCUGAAGAUGUCAGUGGUGAUGAUAGCUCUUCUACAACAAGCACAUUAGACGAGGGUAACCCUAAACUUUUAGUCUACCGAACUUAUUCUUUUUGGCCUUUUUUGAAAGUGCACAAGAAAAUAAAUCUAUUCUACAUUGUUCUUGGUGAGGACUAAUAGAAUUCUUUUUUGUACAUGUGGAUUGUGGAAUGUUUUUUUGUGGUCAAUUAACUGUGUGGACUACAAGUUUUUUCUUUUUAUCUGAGAUUUGUUAUGUACAAAAUGAUAUCCACUUGCUUGUUGAAUUUAGAGAAGAUUUCAUGGAGGUGAAGGGCUAAUUUUUUGUUUGCUCCUUUCUUUUUUCUUAGAGGACUUGCUGAAUUGGGAAGAUGAAAACAAUCCAUCAAAUGAGUUCUGGAAAUCCAUCAAGGGUGGAUUUAAGGAAAAAGUAAUCUAACUUACAUUGCAUCAUUUCCCAGUUAGCUGUGAGCAUAGUACCAUACCCAAGUUGAUCAAGGGGAAUUCACUUUUGAGCAUAAAAUGACAAAGGCUGCCCCCGAAACACUAAAAUGGGUUAAUUUCAAUGACAAUUUUUAGCAAUUUUUGAUUCAUUCUUAAGUAGUCCUCAAAUGUCAUAUGUAAGUCAUCAUGCUCAUGGUAAUUGAUUAAUAUGAUGGCUUAGAAACUAAUUAAAAAUAUCUUUCUAACUAUUAAAUAGUCUUGGACAGACUUUGAGGAUGCAAUCAUUAAAGGAUUCCCUGAUGAGCUUGAGCAAGGAGGGAUCCCAUUACUAAAAUUCCUGGCAUAUGUGCUCAGAGUUAACUAUGGUAAGAAUUUAACUGCUUUUGACUGUUUGCAUGUUUUGAUUUAAUAUUGGCCAUUUCAGUUUAAUGAUAAGUAACAUUUGCAAAUACUUCUCUUCAAAGAUAGAGGACAUUUGAAUUCAAAACAUUUGCAUCACACAAUAUUAAGAUGGUGGCCAUAUCUAACAUAGUGGCUUAGCUUAUUAUUUUUUGUAGUAGAAUUGAUGUAAUAUUAAUUGAUUGAUGACUCAUCACUUUUAUGGUAAACCUCAGUGGAACAUGUUUCUUUAAAUAUGUCUCUGUCAGGUGUCAGUAAAAUGCAGGGUGGGGGUGGGGCCAGGGUCGGGGUGUACCUUUUUUUUUAAAGAAUAAGGGUUGGUUUAGGGUUAGUGUCAACCCAAACGUAACCGUAACCCUAAAACAGCAUUCUCUAAAAAAAAGAUAGACCCCAGCCCCGAACCCCACCCUGUGUUCUCCUGACACCCAUCUCUGGCAGCCAUGUUGAUUAUGUGUCCCCUAAAGGGACAUUGCAACAAUGACAUCUCCAUACUAAAACCUUCAAAUAAGAAUCAAUUUAUUUAUCUUUUUCCAUCCCAAAGAUUCUUGACGUCUUUAUUGCUGAGUCAUGAUGAUUUCGAUUUUUAUGGCGUUAAAACCUCCAAUAAGACAAACUCUUUUAGAAUUAUUAUAAAUCUUGCUAUUUAUUUCAACAGUUUUGAUUUUUAUAAAUUUCCAUUUUUAGACAAACGGACAUCAGAAAAUGUCUCACUCAGUAAUUUUAUCAGAACCUCAAAGUGGUUUGGAUCAUUUGUAAAAGGAUCUCAAGGCUGCUUGAGCAAGGUAAAAGUAUUAUUCACAUAAUUGAUUAACUUGGUCGUAAAAAAAAUUUAUAUAAGAGGGAUAAAAAAGUGAAUGCUUACGUCUAAAUCUUUUUAGUAUCAUUUUUUUUCAGUUGAGGUCUAAACUACUGUAUAUGUAGAUUUAAAAAUACGUUCUUACAAAAUAAUUGGGUUUUAUGAUUAAAAAAUUUAAACUAAAAAUGACUUUUUGAUUAGCAUUAUUUAAAGCUUUGAUUAAUCAAAAGCUUUAAAAUUGCUAUACCACUUUCCAAACGUGAUUAUUUUCCCAGAAAUCCAUAGAUAGCCAGAGUCUUUCUAGUGUACCAGUUAAGCUAAGUCAAGGGGUCUGCUUCUCUAGUUCUUAGAAUUUUGUGUGUUUUCACAGUGCAGCUAACAAUACCACACAUUUUUAUUAUGUGCAGAUGGUUGAUUUAAUGGAAAGCUCAGCUUCUUUAAGUCCUGAUGGUGAAAAAACAAGGUAAUGGAAACCCAAUCAUUAUUUUAGAGUCCAAAUCAUAAUUUUUCGCUCACUGGGAUAAUAGUACAACAAAUUGGUAGACAAUUUACAACUCUUUAUCACCACCACCACCACCACCAUCAUCAUCAUCAUCAUCAGCUUUACUUACGUUUAUAGAAAUUUACAUAAGAGUUUAGAAUGUCUAGCAUCAAACUGAAGGUACAACCAAGGGGAUAACAUGAAACAGACACAUAUUGAGUGGCAUAUGGAAUGGACACUCAUUGACUUGACCCAGCCACCUCAAGUGGACUGAAAGCUAAGGCAUUUCGUGUAACUAUUUAUGCAUGGUUACAGUACAAGUAUAAGCGUAACCUGUCAUGCUCUGUAGGAUCGAACUUUAUCUGCUGACUAAAUUCAAUCUUUGUGUGUUUCUGACAAAAUUUAUUUCAUCUUACUGCAGCUGGUUUGCAGGAUAUAUGACAGAGAGUGAGGCAAAACAGAAACUUCUAAAUCAUGAGGGUGGAGCAUUCCUGGUCAGAUUUAACACUUCCAUGGUGUCACCUGGCUUUGUGUUGUCGACUAAGUCACAUAGCAAUGACUUCGUUGAGUAUAAUAUAGAGGCAAGUUUUUUCAGUAAUCAUUAUUUCAAAUUAUGAUAAUGUCUUGUGUAUUGAUAUUAAUCAAAAGUGUGCCAGCUGCUCUCUAAUCAGUGACGUUUUUGUGUUCAGUAAUUUCCUUGGGUGGGUUUCCAUGGAGAAUUCUCGCGGGGGUGUGUGGCAUGCCUCAUGAAAACCCCAACCCUAUUCCCUGGUUUCAGAGGGCACAAAACCAUGUCAUGUGUCCUGUUUCCAACGCAAAAGGUUAAAAUCUGUACCCACUUUCAGACCAAAAGCCAAAAUCCUUCUUCUUUGGCGAUUCAAGUACUUUUAUAGCUUAUGAAAGAGAGUAGCUCCCCACAACCCCCCACCCUCAGAGUUAAAAAGUGAACGUUUUUGUCCAGUUUGUGCAAGUUAUGGUAAGUAAUGAGUGAGGAAUUAGGUUGAUCGCUCAUCAGCUGUAAACUUCCUCAAGCAUUUGUGAAGGUUUUUGGUCCCAAAAUUUGUCCCCAUUUUCGAAGGAGGCUGAGGCUUUUGUGUUUUCCUUUUUUCGCUGUAAAUUUUCUUCCUGGUGUGAGCAAUUCACUAGUCGGCUUAUCAGGAGAAGUGGAUUGGGUCUAGCCAUCCCCUCUUUUGGACAACUAACAUGUUUGUUAGAACAGUUUUUCCCUGUUAUCCGUGAUAUCUUGUACUGCCAGUAAGGGUCCAUGAAUUAGGCAAGUAAUGUAAUUAUUUCUUCCAUUUUUGUGGGGUUGUCAGAAUUUUCAGUGUGGCAGUUUCCUAUUCAUCCUACCUCAAUUGCACUGUUUUGUGAACGUAAUGUUGUGUUUCCGGGCCGAUUCCACCCUCUCUUACAAAAACCUGGAUUCGUCCCUACUCAUAAAAGCUCCGGCUUUUUUACGUCAUUCACAGGUUCAUCGUGAAUCAGGGAAAGUGGAGAUCGGUGAUUCUGUAUUUGACAGCCUGCCCUACUUGGUGGCGGAAUUAAGGAAAUCAUGGAUGAAGGAUCUGCAGCCAGUUACACAUAGUUAAUCAAAGUUUAAAACGAGGAACUAUCUCUUGUGACAUAUUUUUUUUGUUUAAUUGUUUUGGAGUUUUUUUUGACACUCCAAUGUCUAUAAGAUCUUUAGCAAUUUCCAGAGUGAACUAGAGGUUACAGUUUUCGUCGAUCACAGGUGGCGUUUCUAUAGAGGCGUUUUAUAAGAAGCAAAAUCAUAAUGCUAAGCAUAAAAAACGUGACAAACGUUUCCGACUAAAUCGGUAGAGUGGCCAUGUCCCCCAACCCUCACUCCUAUCCUAGUCAACAGUUUAUGUGAUACCAUGUAAAGAUCUAGCAAGAACAAUACGCGAAGGCCCUGAAGUUUUUUUUAUCGUUGUUAUGUAGGCAAGACCUUCUUUUUUUCCACUCACAACUGGAUGUAAUCGGUUUUUCAGCUACAUUUGUAGCCAAUACCCUGACAUGUAUACGUUUUUCUGUGGCGAAAGAAGUUGAACAUGCUUUGACCUUCUUGGGUUGUGUUUCUUAUACCGGAAUCUGAAAUAAUUAAUAGGUAACAAAGCAUAGAUAAAAGUAGAUGUCGGUGUAUGACAGUGGAUAAAGAACGGAA